ACACUGACACCAGAGCAGAUAACAGAGUACAAAGGCGUCUUCGAGAUGUUUGAUGAGGAGGGCAAUGGGUUAGUGAAAACAGAUGAUCUGGAGAAGCUUAUGAGCUUGAUGGGAAUCAACCCAACCAAGAGAGAGCUGGUGACAAUGGCAAAGGAGGUGGACAAAGACAAUAAGGGCACCUUGAACUGCGACAGUUUUCUGGUUUUGAUGGGCAUUUAUCAUGAAAAGGCUAAAAACCAGGAUGAAGAGCUGAGGGCAGCAUUCAAGGUCUUUGAUAAGGAACACAAAGGCUACAUUGAUUGGAAUACACUCAAGUAUGUACUGAUGAAUGCUGGAGAGCCACUAAAUGAACAGGAGGCUGAACUGAUGAUGAAAGAAGCUGAUAAGGAUGGAGAUGGAACCAUUGAUUAUGAAGAGUUUGUGGCCAUGAUGACUGGAGAAUCCUUUAAACUUGUUCAGUAG